AUGUUGUCUGAUAAUAAGUCACCCAUUGUUGGGAUGUUUUUAUCCCAGUUUGAUAUGAAGAAAGGGAAUAUCAUAAUAUGGCAAGAGAAUUGUAAUAAUUUUAAAAACCUUGAAUUUAAAGCUCUACCGUCAGGAAUCCAUGAAUCGAACGAUGAUGUGGUAAAUUUUAUGGUUGUAGACGAAAAUCACCCAACUAAACUUUAUCAUGGGAUUAGUUACUUUCGCCAAAAUAGUUUUGAUCAGGACAUCAGAGAAAAUGGUCAGGUUGAUAGGAGUCAAGUGAAAAUGUAUUCAUUAGGUCUGAUCAUAGAGACAGAUGUGAUUGAAAUUGAUAAUUAUGUUGCAGAUUUGGAACAACUAUUAACCAACUGGCUAGCAACCAAUAAUUUUAACAAUUUUGAUAUGUUUUCUCAUUAUUAUACUAAUCGCCAUACACAAACAUCUGAUCAAUUGAAAACAAAGAAAAUGAUUGAGUACCUCCCCUUUUGGAUGACGAAAUUAGGUCCUUUAAUAUUCACUGUAUGGAAGACUUGUCUUUUAAAUAAAAGAAUUAUUAUCUUAAAUCCAGCGGGUGGUUCAUUCGAUAUGUGUAAUUCGUUGGCAUUAUGUAUUUCAAAAUUAUCAGACUCGUGUUCUGCCACAAAUGACCUUACUCCUCAAGAAUUACUUUACACGAUAGGAACUAUUGACCUCGACAAUUUGAAGAAUAAUAAUAAAGGCUAUAUUGCCUGCACCAGUGAUGAGGUACUUAUAUACAGAGAGGAAAUAUAUGAUAUUGUUAUAAGAUUACCAGCUAUAGGAUCUCUAGAAGAUAUGAUUGAACCAGGUUCUCCAAUCUCAAUUCAAGAUAAUAAAGGGAAUGAACUUAGAGCUACACCUCACGAUUUGGAGACAUUCACAUUCUUCUUUGGUGGAUUGAUUGAGGAUACCCUUAUGUCUACACAGAUACAUACUCAGACGGAACCACUCUCGUGGUUGCAAUUCCUUAUCGAUAAUUUCUAUUUUUGGUUAACAGCAGGAACUAUUAAACCAGGUUAUUAUCAAGACCUACUAUCGAUAGGUAGUCCAAUUGAACCAAAUGGGAUAAAUCAUAUUCUUGAAUAUUUUGCCGAAAAGACAAAAUUAUUGUAUAAGAAUUUAGAAUUACUCUUGUCGACUGGUGAACACAUUCUCUCACCUUCUGAUCUUCUUCAAUUGGAACUAGACUGUUUCAGUUAUCAAGAUUAUCAUUUUGUAGAGUUUUUGGCAUUAAGAUGGUUCCAAAAAUCAAUAACAGUAAGAGCUUCAACCUAUUGGCGUUUGUUAUAA